GCAAAGGCAAUAAUAAAGAAACUUUCCAGCUAAAGAAAUUUUGUCUUCACUCUUCAAAGUGACUUUAGACUUUAUAGAGAUAAGAAAACCUUUCCAUCAUCCAUCCGGACUUUCCCUUCCCAACAAUAUCACUCCCUCCUUAAAAAAAAUCUGUAAUUGUUGUACAAGUUCUACUGUUCUACUUCUACCCACAAGAAAGGGAAAAUUAGCAGACAUGACAGACAGUGUAGUGAGUUUCCUGUUGGAGAACCUGACUCAGUUGCUUUCUCAAGAAUCAAAAUUGCUAGGUGGAGUUGAGGAUCAAGUCAAGUUACUCAAGUACGAGCUAUCUUUGAUCUACGUCUUCCUCCAAAAUACUGAAGGCAAACGACACGACAAGUUGGUGAUGGAGGUAGUCAGCCAAAUUAGGGAUGUAGCCUAUGAGGCUGAGGAUAUUAUUGAUACAUUCAUCAUGUCAGAGACAAAGCACAGGAAAAGAAGUAAGAUGAGGAAGGUAAUCCAUUACUUUGACCGAGCAAGCGCACUUUACGAGGUUGCAAACAAGAUUGAGAGAAUCAAGAAUUUCAUCAAGGAAAUUUACGAGAAUAGGAGCAAGUACGGCAUAGGAGAAAUAGCUGAAUCAUCUGGCGGAGAUGCCGAAGCAGAGGAGAUACUGCACAGGCGUAGGAGAUAUGUCGAGGAAGAUAAUGUGGUGGGCUUUGGUCAUGACACAAAGACAUUGGUGAACCAACUUAUUGAAGGGAGUUUGCAACUUAACGUUGUUACAAUCAUUGGCAUGGGUGGCUUAGGUAAGACCACUCUUGCAAGGAAGAUUUACAACAACAAUUAUGUGAAGAAUUACUUUGAUUUCCGUGGGUGGGCUUAUGUCUCACAAGAAUAUAGAAUUAGAGAGCUGUUGCUUGAAAUCUUAAAGGGGCUGACACCACCGCCAAAAGUGAUGUUCAGAGCUGAAUUGAAAGAGGAAUUACUCCGCGGUUUGGAAGAUCAGUAUAACUUGUAUAAGGAUAAAUUAAAAGGGACACUAAUUGAAGACUUGAAACAUAUCAAGGAAAUGAAUGAUGAAGAAUUUAGAAAGGCAUGGCAUGAGUUCUUAGAAGGCAUAAACGAUAUUAAAUUGAAACAAUCGUUGUCACGCUUCAUGAAAGAUUUUUACAGUGAGAAUGGAGUAAAAUUGAAAGAUAUGACUGAGGAUGAAUUGAAAAGUGAGCUGCUUGAAAGCUUGAAAGGGAAGAGAUACUUACUUGUCAUGGAUGAUAUCUGGAAUACUGAAGUAUGGAAUAAGGUAAGAUCCACCUUUCUUGAUAACUCAAAUGGAAGUAGAAUAUUGAUCACUAGCCGAAUAAAAGAAGUAGCAGUACAUGCAAGUAGUCUUAAUAAUCCUUCUAUUCCCCCUUAUGAACUUCCAUUUCUUAAAGAAGAUGAGAGUUGGGAACUCUUCUCAAAGAAGGUGUUUUGGGGAGCUACAUGUCCUCUAGAACUUGAAACUCUAGGGAGACUAAUGGUGAAAAGUUGCCAUGGUUUACCACUUGCUAUUGUGGUAUUGGGAGGCCUUUUGGCGAAUAAAGAGAAAACGCAUCAAACAUGGUCGAAAUAUAUUGGCAAUGUCAAUUCGUAUUUGAAUGAGGAUAGAUCAAGUUGCAUGGACAUAUUGGCACUAAGCUACAAUCACUUGCCCCGACACUUAAAACCAUGCUUUCUAUAUUUUGGUAUCUACCCAGAAGACUUUGAGAUAUCAAUGAGGCAAAUAAUCAGACUUUGGAUAGCUGAGGGAUUCAUUCGACAAAUUGGGAACAGAAUUAUGGAGGACAUUGCUGAAGACUACUUAGAGGAACUCAUUGAUCGGAGCUUGAUUCAAGUGGCAACAAAAAGGCUAGAUGGAGGAGUCAAAACAUGUCGUAUCCAUGAUAUUCUACGAGACCUUUGUAUAUCAGAGAGUGCUAAAGAGAAAUUUCUUGAGGUACGUUCUGAUGUUAACCUUCCACUCAUGAGCAAAUCCCGUAGAAUUUCCAUCCACUGUGCCAACCAGCCAUACAUUUUUUCCAACUCUUUUGAGCCUUCAAAUAAUCGGUCUUUAAUAGGAUUCAAGGGGGUUGCUGGGGACCAGAGCACUCUGGAUAAAAGCUACUUGAAAUGGUUAUGCGAAACUAACAAGUUAGUUCGUGUGGUAGAGCUCAGAAAUAUUGGUACUUGUUGCGCUAUCCCUAAAAAUUUUGAAAAUCUAAUCCUUUUGAGGUACUUGAGCAUUCGAGCUGAUAAGUUUUAUGAAAUUCCAGAGCCCAUAUGCAAUCUUUGGAAUCUAGAGACGCUAGACUUGAGAAAUUCUACAAGUUUAUUAUCAUAUCUCCCCGAGGGGAUAUGGGAGUUACAAAAAUUGAGACAUUUGUACCUGGAUGGGCCAACAAUAACAUCUCCACUUAGAGCUGGCAAUGAAGUGGCUUUGCCAAAUCUUCAAGUCUUUACUGGUAUAGCUUUAAAUAAAGACACUGAGAAUCUCUUUGCCAAGGCCAAAUUUCCCAAUGUAAGAAAACUAGGAUUGCGUUCUUCACCAUGGAAGGAGUCAGGGCUUUUUACAAGCCUCCAUCCCUUGCGUCAUCUACAAAUUUUGAAGAUUAAGAACAUUGGUGAUAAUGGUGAGUUUUUAAGUCCAAUUUCAUUUGAGUUGACCCUAACAAAGAUAACCUUGCAGGGUUGGAGAUUGGUAUCUUCAGCCACCGUGACAUUGUUGGGUAGCCUUACCAACCUUCGAAUACUCAAAGUAGUUGGAUGUGACAGUUUCAUACUCCAUUGCAAUGAAACUAGUUUUUGUCAACUUGAAGUCUUCAAAAUGGCAAAAGUAACUGAUAUAGAAUGGACUAUGGAGAAAGGUGCAAUGCCAAGGCUACAACGUUUAGUCCUUGAGCAUUGCAACUUUAAAACGAUCCCUCUGGACAAACUAUGGUGCUUGAGUGCCUUGAGGGAUGUGGAAGUUUUACAUCCCAAUCCAGAAUUGGCAAAUAUGCUUCGACAGUUGCAGAUGAGGGAUGGAUGUAAGCUCCAAGUCUAUCCACCUCUGAAUUCAUUUCCAACAACUAAUUGAGAUUAGUAGUUGAUCUGUUGUGCUAUACUUGGGCCUGAGUGGUCAUUGGUCCUAUCUUCCCUGAUCAUCCUAGCUGUUUAAGCCUUUACUGUUUUGUUUUUGUUUUUGUUUUUUGUUUAUGGACCUAUGGUGAUAAAUCCGUUUUGGUUUGGGGGAAGGUAUAAUCUUGAGAUUGGGACAAUACUAAAUUGAAAAGCUUAAUUAGUCUGUGUUUGAAUUCAAUUAUGUUA